AUGGCGGCUUUUAUCGAUGAAGACGUUGUUGCCGAUAAUAUUCUUUUUGAAUUGUUGAAAAACAAUGGGUUUAUUGAAAUACUCGAGAAAAGAGUAGAAGAUGAACUUUUGCAGAAGCAAAAAGAGAAAAUUGGAGAAGAGGAUUAUACUGAAGAGCCAAAACAUGGUCAAAACACAGACCUUCAGCCAUUUAAGGAUUUGAUAGUAUCGGUUAACAAUUCUAUUGAGAAGUUUUUGGAAAAUGAAGAGUUUCUAUUCUUCAUCUAUGAAUGUGCUCAUAAUAGGCAGUUAUCUUGUCUAUAUGAUGUUCAAGUGUUCCUCGAUAGGCUGGAAAACGCAACAGAUACGAGUGAUGAGAAUAGUUUUAAAAUAAGAAUAACAUCAUGCGCUAGAAGGUUGUCGCAAUUAUCCCGCCAUUUCACUGUUUCCUUUUGCUCCAGAGACAAAUCUAUCAACAUCUCACAUAUUCAUCAUUUCGUCAUUAGCUUCUGUGAAAUGUUAUACCGGAUAGAGAGCUUGUUACGAUCCAUAAAGGGAACGGAAGAGUUGUCAUUAGGAAUUCGCCGCUGUGCUGACAACUAUAAUAUUAUGGUGUUCAAGAAAAUUUCAUUGGUUUACCAACAAAAAUUAAAAGAGAAUUUAAAAUUCAUGAAAAAAGAGGAAAAUAGAAGGAUGACUCUCACUCCUAAGCCUGCGAAGAGGAAACCUCUCCUUCAAGUGCAAGGUCGAAGCCCAGGAUUUUUGAUGUCUCCACAACUACUAAAGGACCGUCAGCGAAUUCAAAGAACAAGGAUUUCGUUUGCUCCCGAAAUUGAUAUGAAAUCGUCUUUUAUAAUCAAACAAGCGAGAAACCCAGAAAAAGUAGUUGAAGCAGCAAAGCAAAUGGAGGAGAAAUGGAAGCAUUUUUUUGAUUCGAACGCUCGAUUCAAGAACUCCAUCAAACACGAACCAAAGCGUGAAGAUUCGGCUUCAAUGAGAUUUGCGCGAGAACUGAGUGCUGGGAUAGCCAAAGAGAUUCGGAACCAGGUCGAAGAUGACGGAGAAGGCUUAAUCUAG